AUGCUUGUUGGUGCCAACUCAGCUAGUGAUGUCACAAAUAAAGAGAAUUUUGAAAUUUGGAUGCAGAUAAGUCUUCCGAAACAUGCAGCCAUUAAUUUGCAUGAAGGGAUAUAUGGCAUGAUUGACGUAUUGGAUGGGGAGCAACUCUGCAUGUUUUUCAUGGCUCUUUGGAGUCUGUGGAAUGAAAGGAACAAAAUAAUUUGGCAGGAUGCCCACUUCAAUCCUAUGUUCGCUGCUCAAUGGGCUGUUAAUUAUUUGGUGGAGUUCCAAAAGUUGCUGUUUCGUGAGGAUGCCACAGUGGAUUAUCUUAUCGAUGUAAUUGAGGGUGACAGAAAAUACAUGAAGUGUGUAUAUGUAUACAACAAGAUAAAUGUUAUUGGUAUUGAUGAUGUGGACAAAUUAGCCCGGCAACCUAAUUCUAUUGUCAUUAGCUGCAAUCUGAAGCUGAACUUGGACAGACUACUCGCGAAGAUGUGGGAGGAGAUGGGACUUGUUAGAGUUUAUACAAAGCCACAGGGCCAGCAACCUGAUUUUGGUGAUCCUGUGGUUCUUUCUGCUGAUAUAGGUGGCUGCACAGUCGAGGACUUUUGUAACCAUAUCCACAGGAGUCUGCUGAAGGAGGUAAAAUAUGUGCUGGUGUGGGGUACAAGUGCAAGGCAUUACCCUCAGCAUUGUGGUGUCAGUCACCUUCUUAAUGAUGAAGACGUGGUUGAGAUUGUAAAGAAAAAGGAGAAAGAAGGGGAAGGGAGGGGUCGGUUUAAGUCACAUUCGACAGCCCCUGCUCGUAUAGCUGACAGAGAGAAGAAGGCUCCCCUGAAACAAUAAUAUCACUGACUGUAAUACCGUGCAGACCCGAGUUUCUUACAUGAAGACGCACAGAAGAUGCCUAUGAGAUUGAUCCAGAGUCAAGAUGCCUAUGAAGUAUAUCAUAUCAUUUGCUGAAUUGACAAAUCGGUCUAAAAUGAAGAGUUGGCCUUAGAACCUAGUGCUCAUCAAAAUGCGUAGGCUUUUGGAUCAUGUGUUGUAUGUUUGGCGAUUAAUUAAGUACUUGGAAUUUUGAAAAUAAUCUGCAUCAUAUCUCUGUUGCUAGAGAUAUAUAUAUAUUUUUUAUCCG